AUGGCUCACAUGCAAAGUGGAAAAGUAGAUAUAUCCUUAAUUCAAGCAGCGGCUAGGGCAAACCUUAUAAACCUUUUAGAACAAUGUCCUGGUAAGAAAGUUAUUGUUUGGGAUAACAGCUUAGCUGGACCAGUUGGACUUGUAGCCAAAUAUGCCAUCCUCAAGGAGCACCAGGCACCUAAGAUGUUCCCACUUCGAAAUAUGCCUUUACCUGAAACUGAUGUCGAUCAUAUUAUCUUCAUCUCAAGGCCCAAAUUGUACUUAAUGGACUACAUUGCCCAAAAUGUACAUGCUGACAGUAAAACGAAAAGUGGAAGUAAGAAACAAUACCAUUUAUUUUUUGUACCAAAGAAAAGCUUAUUGUGCAUGGAGAGAUUAAAACAUAAAGGCGUAUACGGAAGUGUAAUGUUAAUUGAUGAAUUCAAAUGUCAGCUUUUCCCCUUUGAAUCUGACUUGGUAUCAAUGGAAAUAUCUGAGGUUUUUAGGGAAUACACAAUUGAAAAUGAUCCCACCUAUUUGUACCAAACAGCACAAGCUAUAAUAUAUCUUCAAAAAAUGUAUGGAACUAUUCCUAAAGUUUGGGGCAAGGGAAACGCUGCUAAGCAAGUUUGGGAUCUUGUGGUAAGACUACAAAGAGAAAAGAACAACAGUGAAGAUAUGAAAAAUAAUCAACAGUCCUGUAUUGAUCAAAUCAUAUUAAUUGAUAGGUCUGUUGAUUUAAUCACACCUUUAGCUACACAGUUAACUUAUGAAGGAUUAAUUGAUGAAAUUUUCGGUAUAAAUAAUUCAACUGCCUAUUUCCCAAUCGAUAAUUUUUUAAGUACUGAAGAAAGAACUACAGAAUCCUUAUCAGAAGAUAAGAAACAACUGAUUCUAGAUUCAACUGACAAAAUUUUUGCUGAUAUUCGCGAUAAAAAUUUUAAUGCUGUUGGCGGUUAUCUUUCAAAAGAAGCUAAAGCAAUCAGUGCCCAGAUGGAAAAUACACAGGAAAAGUCAGUCCAGGAGAUGAAGCUUUAUGUACAAAGACUUCCUCAAAUUUUGGCGAAGAAAAAGCAACUGGCAACACAUACAGCAAUUGCAGAAUGUAUUAAGGAAAUCACAGAUGGCUAUGAUUUUUUGGAUACAUUACAGGCGGAACAGGAAUUUUUAAACUGCAUAGAAGUAGACAAACCAAGUGCUUAUAUAGAAGAAAUGAUCGCCCAAAGCAAACCAAUGGUGAAAGUGUUAAGAUUAAUGUGUUUACAGUGUAUCGCAAGUUCUGGAUUAAAACCCAAAAUUUUGGAAAGCUAUAAAAGAGAUCUAGUACAGGUCUACGGCCUAGAGGCUCUUCUGGCAAUAUCGAAAUUGGAAAAAGUUGGACUAUUGAAACUUCAAUCUAGUACCAGACAAUAUACUGUUCUGAGAAAAGCAUUAAGUUUAACCAUGGAAAACACUUCCGAAAUUAAUCCCACAGAUAUUAGUUACGUUCAUAGUAUAUACGCUCCUAUGAGUAUCAGAUUAGUGGAACAUGUAACUAAAGCUGGAGGAACUAAACAGUUACAGGAUGUGUUAGGUUUAUUGCCAGGUCCAACUUUAGAUGAAACCAGAUCAGUGAACACGAUAAUAAAUACAGAUUCACCACAAACAGUUCUUGUAUUCUUUAUUGGUGGAUGUACAUUUGCAGAGAUAUCUGCUCUGAGAUUUUUAUCUACGCAAGAAGAUUCAAAUGUUGAAUUUGUAAUCGGUACUACCAAAUUAAUUAAUGGAACAACAUUUUUGAAUUCCAUUAUUGAAAACUAA